CCUUUGGAUGGGGAAGGAGGUGGAGGGGGGUAACGAAGGAGGAGGAGGAGGAGGAGGAGUGGGGUGUCGUUUAAGAGGGAGGCGGUCUCAGGGACGCACACAAACAGGGCCCCGCUGGUUCAAGUGAGGAUAGGGACCGUCCUGAGCUGAACUCGGCGUUACAAAUAGGAGCUGCGGCAUUCCAAGUGGAGCAGAGUGGAGGUGCGCCUCGCCGAUGAUAAUAUUAAGUAACAGGCUCUGAGUGGAUCUGCACAGUGAGAACACAGAGGGACACACAGCGAGCCGCUUCUUGGGUGAACCGGACGCAAACACACAAAUUUACGCUCGGAGAGGAGCGAGAGGAGCCAUGCGCACCGGCGGACAGCACUGAUCAACCAGGUGGCACUGUUGCGACGUUCUCACCUCCUAGAGAUCCUGCAGCGAGCGUUCAGCACCACACAGCGGUGACUCUCUACUCUGAGCAGCGAGGACAGAAUCACUCAACUCCUGACAGGUGUGAUGUUUGAGGAGGAAUCCCAGGAGAUGAGGGGUGGGCAGGAGGUGGCCGUGCUCCACAGCAUGGAGUCGCCUGCAGCGGGGGCUUCCAGUGCUGGAGGAGGAGGAGGAGAAGAAGAAGGAGGGUCUCGGUCCUUCACCGAUGAGGCCGUGUCCAUCCUGACCUCCAGCAGCCUACUGGCUCGCUCCCUGCUGGGUCGCACCUCGGCCAUCAAGCGCAAAGAGAGCCCCACCUCCAGCAUCCGGCGCAAACGCGAGUUCAUCCCCGUGGACAAGAAGGACGAAGGCUACUGGGACAAGAGGAGGAAGAACAAUGAGGCGGCGAAGCGCUCAAGGGAGAAGCGUCGCGUCAACGACAUGGUCCUGGAGAGCCGAGUGCUGGCUCUGUUGGAGGAGAACGCUCGCCUCAGGGCGGAGCUGCUGGCUCUCAAGUUCAGAUUCGGCCUGGUUAAAGACCCCUCCAACACCCAGAUUCUGCCCCUCACCACGGCUCCCCAGCACAACACUCAGAGCUUGACUCCCCAGUAUUACCUCCACAGAGGGGAAAGCUCCUCGGCAGCACAUCCCAACAACCAGCCCGGCCAGCAGCUGAGCACCAGGGGCUCCAGGGAUGCUGGUAACAUGUCAGAGGACUCUGGGUUCUCGACGCCCGGCGGGUCCAGCGUGGGCAGCCCGAUCUUCUUUGAAGACCGGCUUAGUGAUCAUGGAAAACUAUCCCCACACAGGGCGGAGGAGCUGGGCUACGACCUGCACCACUCGCCUGCUGACGUCCACCACGCUGCAGGAUUCAGCGGAGGGAAGCUGGAUCAAGCGGAGGGGAUGAAAAACCUUCCUCACAAGCUUCGUUUCAAGAUGCCCGGAAGUAGCGACGGGGGCGACGCUGCGGGGGACAGACGUAGCCCGGCGCUCUCCGCCGCGGGACGGGAAAGUCAGAGGGAGACCGGUAAAGGACUGAGCGGAGGCGAGGCGGGAGCGGGGCACUGCGCCGGCUCCUGGCUCCAGCAGCUGGAGGGGGAGGAGGGCAGGAGGGGGAGACAGUCCCCUCAGUACAGCGUCUCCACUGCCAGCUACAGCCUCCAGUCUCCUCCCACGCAAGCACAGAGCGACGUCCAGUAUCAGCACGAGAACACUUACCUGAAGUCGCAGCUCAACUCUCUGAGCGAGGAGGUGGCUCAGCUGAAGAAGCUUUUCACAGAGCAGCUCAUGGCCAAAGUCAACUGAGGACCGUGAGCCAGCCGGCGCUCGCCAACAUCUAGACUUUUAAAGGACAAAGUUUUACUGUAAGAGUUCGGCGCUGGACCGUGCAUCACGAGGACUCUCACGUCUUGCUAACAAUGUGUUGUUUUUAUUUCAAAUACUGUAUUAUAUACUGUAAUAAAUGUCUUCAAACACUCAUCUCAUCACCUGCAGUCUAACAACUACUACUUAAUCUCCGAUAAGUUUUUUGCUCGGUCAGUCUUACCCGUGUUAGUGUUGAGUGUGUAAUAGUUUCCAUACACUGUGCACAACAUUCAACUGUUUACAUCCCAUCAUCACAAGCUGACACCGUUCAGAGACGACAAGUUCAUUCGGUUUGGGAGCGAGCCAGCCGGCUGUUAACAAGCGGCUGCAGUUGGGUAAUUAGGGAGGUUGGACUUACGGCAGAGGUUUCAACGCCGCCGAGACGGGUCUGCCGAGACAGGUCUGCUGGAAACCUGUAAACACAAGCAGAGGCAGACAGUAAAUACACUCACAAGAUGAAGCUAUUAGCAGCCAGAAACUUCCCCCGGUCCUAAAAGAAAGCUCUGUUCUCUGAAUCAGGUCACUCACAAAUAAAAAUAAACAUGUGUCAGGUUUGUGGUGUCACACGGUUCUGUUUGUUUAGGAAGAACGCCGUCCUGUGUUGGUGUCUCUGCUCAUGCCCAGUGUGAACAUGUUUUAUUACUUUUCCUGUUAUCUGUGCUGAGGUGGUGACAAGAAUUCUGCUGUCUCUCUCUCUCUCUCUGUGCGUUUUCAUAUUAAAAAAUAAAUGCAUUUGACACAUUCA